UGUUUGUUUGUUUUAUUUUUCCCUUUUUCCCCCCAUUUUAGGCGUCCGUAGCUUAGCUGGGGGGCGUAGAGAGUACGGAAUUCAGUUUCGUCUCCCUACUUCCUGCAGUGUGGACCGCGCUCAUCCACCUCCAGCGGUAUCAUAUCCUCCCAGUUACAAGAAGACUCCACCUCCUGUGCCCCCGCGCACCACCACCAAGCCUCUUAUCUCUGUGACAGCCCAGAGCAGUACAGAGUCCACCCAAGAUGCCUACCAGGAGGGCAGGCACCCACGGGGCGGUCUGUGGACCACGGAUAGCCUCGGCCGUCCAAUCUUCAGCUCCAUGGACAGCCUGGACAGCACCAAGGCGGUCACCAUGGCCAUGGAGUCAGCAGCAGGCAAGAGGCAUGCAUCUUUGGGCAGCCACAGCUCCGUCCAGACAUGCGACAAAGCAGUGCUGGUGUCCAAGGCCGAGGAGUACCUCAAAACCCCACGUUCCUCUAUCGGGAUACAGGUGGAAGCUGUGACAGACUCUGAGACUGAAAGUAAAGGCCUUCCUCAGUUCCAUUCUAUAGGAAUCCAGGUGGAGGAUCACAAACGGCACGGGAGGUUCAAGCGCUCCAACAGUGUGACCACUGCAGUACAAGCUGACAUGGAGUUGGAGGGCUUUCCCUCCAUGGAGGACAAGGGCCUGCAGUUUGGUGGCGGCUUCGGUCGCCACUCCGAGCCCAGCACGCCCACGCAGUAUGGGGCCAUCCGUACGGUGCGCACACAGGGCUUGUUUAGUUACAGGGAGGACUACCGACCUUCCAGCGGGCCCCCCAGCCCGCAGCCUGAAGCAUGGCUGGUUGAACCGAGUCUGGAGAGCACCGAAUCGGGCCGCGUGUCCCCCAUUCGCAGGGACGGCAGCUGGUUCAUGCAGCUCCUUCACAAUGAAACCAAGCGGCUGGAGGGAUGGUGCAAAGAGAUGGAGAGAGAAGCGGAGGAGCAUGACCUGACGGAGGAGAUCCUAGGAAAAAUCCGGAGUGCAGUGGGAAGUGCUCAGUUACUAAUGUCUCAAAAGUUUCAGCAGUUUUACUGGCUAUGUCAGCAGAAUCUGGACCCCAGUGCCAUGCCCAGACCCACAUCUCAGGACCUGGCUGGAUUCUGGGACCUCUUGCAGCUUUCCAUCGAUGACGUCACUGCCAAGUUUGAUGAGCUGCAGCAGAUCAAGAGCAACCAGUGGCGGCUGGUGGAGAGCCCAGAGAAGAAGGAGCGGAAGUGGCCACCGCCUCUGCCAAAGCGGCCGUCCAAGGGGCGUGGCAGCAUAAUGCGAGAGCGCUCUCUGGACCUUCAGGACCGCCAGCGACAGGAAGCCCGCAGACGCCUCAUGGCUGCAAAACGAGCAGCUUCUUUCAGACAGAACUCAGCCACAGAGAGGGCCGACAGCAUCGAGAUCUACAUCCCUGAAGCCCAGACGAGGCUUUGAGGUCCACGGAUUCAUCCUUAGCUCCUCUUGUACCACCUCCACCCAACACCAGCUCUUGGCGUCACGUCAUGUCCAGCCUGCUGUCAUCAUCUGUCACCGCUCGUCCACGUUUUCAUCAUCUGUCGCCAUUCUCUGGGCUGUCCUUUACUGAAGCUACACUAGGCAAGGGUUGUAAAUGAAUCAUUUUUCUAUUAGCUUAAAAGACAAUAGGGAACAACACCCCAUCUUCAGGUGAGUCAGGUGUGGACGGCCGUUUUCUCAAAGAAAGUAAUGCAGUUCAAAACUGAGAAAACUGGACACACCAGCGUUAGACCUUUAGCCUCUUUCCCUUUUGGUAAACUGAUUAAAGAACUGACCCCAGGCCAGCUGAAUUGGUAAGCCACUAACGUGAAGUUGCCCAGUGUAGCUUUAAAUCCAUAAGGUUCUGCACAACGAGAAUGAGCCCCAAAAUAUACAUUUCGCCUGGUAUUUAUUUCAGCAACAUAAAUUCAAGUCAGUGAUUCAUUUGGUCAUAGCCAUUACUGUUAAAACUCACCAUGGUUGCCAUUACCCCACUGUGAGUAAUGGUAAUGCUAUACUCGCCACAUUCAAAUGGAAACACAAAGUGCAACUUUUCUAGAGUUUCUCACCAGCAACAAUGGUCUUGGGUGAAAGCACCCUGUGUGAAGGGACAGCGGCAGCGGAAAUUGAGGUUUUUCACAGUGAUGUAUAUUUGCAAGAAAAUAAAUAUUUUAAAAAAGUAGAUUAUUAUUGUUUAACAGCUGGAAAGAAUACAAACUAGGGCUGUAUCUAUAGCAGAUUUUUACUCCGCGCUUAUUGUGUGACCGAAAGGAUUUGAGAUAACAAAUACUGUUGUAAUAUGAUUAGAAAAUUUUAAAAAUAAAUGAAUGAAUGAAUGAAUGAAUGAAUGAAUAAAUAAAUAAAUAAAUAAAUAAAUAAAUAAUGUUAUCAGUUAAAUAUAUUAAGUAUAAUUAACUUUCUUUAUUGUGUUUUUUUUUGGCAAAUUAACUCAAAAUAUAAAAAAGAACAAUUACAUUUAAUGUAUAGUGACAAAAGUGACUUUAUGAAUAUAAGAUAAUUUCCACUAUAUUAUCAUUUGUGUAUUAUUAACAUGUCAUAGUCAUGAACCCUUAUACAAGGAAAAUAAAUAUUUUUGAUGAGAUUCAAACUUGUUCAAACCCCUUGCCUUUUCUGUGACGGUGGCUAAAACCUGGUACCUCGGUUGAUCGAUUUCCUGACAGUUUGUGGUUGAAAAGUCAAAGUGUGACAGUAUAAAAAUGUUCGACAGCGUGUCUGAGGUGCUGCACAACUCUAUCACCCAUCCAUCUUUGACCAGGCAUGCUGCAGCUGCUGACCAGUGUUGCUGAGUGAGAUCUGAAAAUAAGGCUGAAAAAAUCCUCGACCACCAUUUCAGCAUUUACCCAUCCCCAUUCACGCAGUCCCAUGCCCUCUUUAGGACUAUACAUUUUUAAAGCUAUGUACGUUAUUUGCUGCUGGAUACAUUUCCAUUGCAGAACAAAUAUGAAUUAUUAACAAAAAGACAGUUUUGCGCAGCCUGGAAGAGGUGACUGUAUCGAACAAUGCAUUUUGCACCUUAUAAUAUUCAUGUUUGUAUUUCCAAGGGAAAUGUAGUUUAUGAAGCUCAUGUGAUAUUGUUGCAGUUGAAUUGCAAGGACAGAUAUGGAAAAUUUACUACAGAAU